AUGUCUAAGGGAAAACAAUCUUUUCAUUUCAAUAGAAUACGCAAUGAGAAUGGGAAUUUGGUUGACUUCUACAAAGAGACGCGUUGGUCGAAGAAAAAGAAUGCAUUUGUCACAGAUGCUACAGAAAGUACUUAUAAGGAGAUGCAAGGUAGGUUGGAUGGCCUAGGACCAGAGCAACGUAGUGAUGAGGCAGCAGCGACUGUCUUUAGGGAGGUUCUUGGCCAUCGACCUGGAUAUGCACGGGGACUUGGGGAAAUGGUCAUCCCCGAGUCAAGUAGACAACGUGACAAAGUUCAAAUGCAACAAUACAUGUCUGAGGCUGAAAAGCACAAGAAAGAUGCUGAACAAUAUAAGAAGGAUGCUGAGCAAUAUAAGAAGGAUGCUGAAGCUUACAAGAGUCAGCUGGAUGAAAUGAGGACAGAGAUGCGGGAGCUGAGGGAGCAUCAGAUACAAAAUGACAAAAAGGCUGACUCUCUGAGAAGCUUCCUUGAGAUGAAGGAGAAGGAAUUACUUGUGUUGGAAGAGAAGCUUAAGGCUAGAGAGAGAGCAUAUGAUAUAGCAGCCACUACGUUUUUUGUUUUCUUUAACAUAAAUUCUGGUACUGUCGAAAGCUGCAAAAGUUCUCUUGCUGCACUUGCCCCCCUUCAAGCAGUACUAUUUGAUGUGGAUGGAACUUUAUGUGAUUCAGAUCCACUCCAUUACCAAGCCUUCCGUGAAAUGCUUCAAGAGAUUGGUUUUAAUGGAGGAGUUCCAAUUACUGAGGAAUUCUACAUGGAGAAUAUUUCUGGCAAGCAUAAUGAUGAUAUUGUUGUGUUACUCUUCCCUGAUGAUGUUCAAAGGGGCUUGAAGUCCACAGACGAUAAGGAAACCAUUUUUCGGAGAUUGGCCGAAGAACAAUUGAAAGCUGUGAAUGGCCUAUAUAAAGUGAAAAAAUGGAUUGAAGAUCGAGGCUUGAAACGAGCAGCAGUUACCAAUGCACCAAAACCAAAUGCCGAACUCAUGAUAUCAUCCAUAAUGCUGUCAGAUUUUUUCGAUGCUGUCAUUCUCGGGAGUGAUUGUGACCAUGCCAAGCCAUAUCCAGAUCCCUACUUGAAGGCCCUUGAAGUACUCCAUGUAACAAAGGAUCACACUUUUGUAUUUGAGGGGUCAGUCCUGUACCCAGCAUAUGUAUUAAUUUCUGCUUGCUGGGUGGGGUGGGUAGGGACAGGGACCUUGUCUUCAAAGUUCCUUCUCACGGUAAUGAAUCUUCUUAAAAGAUUAGCAGAAGAGGGACAAGUGCCUGCAGCUAACGAUCCACAAAGAAACCCUGCACUAGCAUCAAAGAGCUUUAGGAAUGGAGUUAGCUCCAGCGGUGAUACGUCAUCCAGUGCUUCAUCUGAAGUAACUUCAUCUGAAUACUCCAGCAACUCAAAAGAAGACUAA